AUGAUCGUUGAGGAACAACCUGCGACUUCGAACGUUGAAUCAGUCAGAAACUUUGUGCACAUUCCAAGCAGCUACGUCAUCAAUACCGACGGAACCAGCAAGACCUUCGUAGUCCACGAGGUUUACAAGGUUGCGGACAGUAAAAAGCGCAAAGCCAACCCUCAAGAAUCGCUUCAUGAACUGUCCCAACCGAACCGCAAGCGACCCCGCAAAUCGAACGUCAUCUACAACACGGACUUCCUGUGCGUCCCGUGCCAAAAGACCUUCGGCAAAAAGGGCAGCCUCAAGCAGCACAUCCGGUCGUACCACUCGGAACCGCUGCCCUUCCACUGCGACGUGUGCGGCAAGAACUUUGCCACCGAAGAAUCGCUGGUUCGACACGUGGUCAACCACGACCAGCGGAACAAAAAGUUCCAGUGUUCCGAGUGUGACAAGCGGUACGUUCACUCGAAGGACCGCGACCGGCACUUCCAGACGCACCACGGAGUUCCGGCGCACACUUGUGGACAGUGCGGUAUGGCGUUCGCACGAAGGGAUCACCUGUUGGCGCACGAGAUGACCCACGAAAGGAGGCAAAGCAGGGAAGUGUUACUAGUGGGUUCGAGUAAAGUAAAGGAGAGUGUUUGA